UGCAAAUUACUUUUUUUAGUAUAGUUUCGAGAGUGUCAAUGUACGUCGUGGACUAUGCCAGUAUUAUACAUUUAAAUUAUAAUGAACCGUUUUAGAUAAUAAUAGAAAAGUAAUCUAGUAUUUUGUAAUGGUUGAAAGGUGAACUGAACGAUAACAAACAUGAAAUUUUUUUUGUUACGAAAACUAUCCAAGAUGGGUUCCAGCAGCGGAGGAAAAAAGAAGUACGUGAACUUUCGAAGCCGACAACGCGCAAGCCUUAGUUUUUUUAUAGUUGUCAUGUUCUUCGGUGUGUUCGGUAUUAUAGUCUUUACAGAAAUUUUUUUUAUCGACGACAGGAGCCGAGCUUCGGGAGUGGUGGUCAGACCUGGAUCGCUAAGCUACUCGCACAAGCAAGAAAAGUCAGCUGACUAUGAGGAGAGUGAGGACUACAUAUCAAUACGAGUGGGAGCAGCUAUGAUGAACGACGACACUUUGGGAGCUCUCCUUAUCGGGGGAAGGGCUCCUGCUGCUAUCCCAGUCAUCGAAAACUCUGCGCCUUCCUCGUCGAAGGUAUUCAAUGAGGUUCAGCUUCCACCGUUUCCAGAAAAUGCUACCCUUAACGACGGAUCCUGGCAAAAUGUUAAUAAUACCAAAUACAAAUUCUUCGUCUUCUCGGCCUACUACGACGAAAGAAAAGGUCAGAGGGUAGUGCGAAUCAUCGCUGCUACGAAGACCCGAGGCGCGGAAAGAGUAUUUUGCCGAUUGUGGUACAAAGCUGGAGAGUUCAACGCGUCGGCCCAUGUCUCCAUCACCGUUCCUGCUAAAGUAAAGGUCAUCCGAGAAAAUUGGAACCUCAAAUAUAGCGCGGUCUUUGUGAUGUGUCCUUUGACGAACAAGACUAUACCGGUGGCGGUGAGCGUCGUGGCCAGGAUCAGAGACCCGCCGGCGAACCUGCUAGCGGUCAUUAACAACCAUAACGAAACAUCGGGAGCGGUAGGGGUGGGCAGCUCCGGAGGCGGCGGCGCUGGCCUCUCGAGCCCCUACAAGUUCGGUGUUUGUGUCAAGCCGCUGCACUUCGAAUACAAUAGGGCUCUCCAAUUGAUAGAAUUCAUAGAACUGAAUAGGCUGCUAGGAGUGGAUCAUUUCACGUUCUACAACCACACCGUAGGCAACCAGGUCGACUGCGUUCUGCGGGAUUAUAUAGACCGAGGUCUGGUGACAGUGCUUCCUUGGAAUUUGGAUAUGGUCUCACAGAAGGAUAUCAGGACUGAAGGACUCUUCGCAGCACUUAACGACUGCCUGUAUAGAUUCAUGUACAAAUAUACUCACCUUUUGCUCAUAGACUUGGACGAGUACAUUCUGCCCAAGAACAACGAUACUUUAGGACAAAUGAUUGAAACUUUGAAUAAACGGGUCAAUGGCCGCACUACAGCCUCCUUCUCAUUCCAAAACGCCUUCUUCUAUCUCCAGUGGGACGACGACGACUCGGUGUAUGAGUUCGACGAUCCAGUGACCGCCAACUUGAUUACGAUGAAGAAGACGCGCCGAAAGACGAAACUCCAUCCACAGAAGCAGCGAUCCAAAUACAUCUGCCGACCGGAACUUACCGUAGAAGCAGGCAAUCACUUUAUAUGGGAGUUCAUCCCUGGCCACGGUACCAUGAACGUGCCCCCCGACACAGCAAUUCUUCACCACUAUCGCAUCUGCGAAUUUGGUGGUGACGAUUGCAUCAAGACAUCCUCCACCGUCGACCGGACGGCGUAUAAAUUUAAGGAGGGGCUCACUAGUGGUGUGAAAUCUGUGUACGAUAGACUGAGUAGAAAGUGUGGGCUGGUGGAACUAAAUUUACCUACGGGGAAGGUUCUCAAUAAGCUAAUGCACUUCUUGAAACCUAGUCUGGAGAGAUAAUAGGCUUGAAAGGCUACAGUAGCCGCCAAAAGAAACGGUAUCGAAAUUUAAAGCUACUGUAUUAUCAGUAUUAAUACACCAGCCAGUUUGCUAGAGAAGGAAUUUUUUCGGACAUUUACACGACUGUUAUAAUAUAGUUGUAGGUAGUCUUAUUUAAUUGGUACAAAUAUCUGUCUUAAUUUUAUAACCUGUGAAAAGAAACCAAUGACUCUAAAAAGAAUAUCUAUAUAUUAAACUAAGGAGAAUUAAUAAGGAUUUGCCAUUUACUGAAAUGGGGAAUUAAGAAUGGACGAAAAUCAUGAAAAUCUUAAAGUGAACUAUUCUAACUGGAAACAAAUACAGUUUCCAUUAAAGAUAAUUUGGAACUACUCAAUCGGGACGUUUUUAGUUACUAGUAGUUAUGCAACCCACAGUACACAUCUUCAACAAAAAAUUUUGUGUCUAUUAUUUCACACAAAUACAAUUAAUGAUUUAUUUCAUCUUAACUCUACUACAUGCGUCCCCAUGUGUUUUAAUUACUCUAAAAUACCGAUCCUCACUAUUACUAUCCACUAUUACUUUUCAAAAUUACUUUAACAUCCAAAGAUAUUAUCUUAGUUGUAGAGGCAGCUACCUCUUUAAAUGAACAUUUCAGGUAUACUCCAUUCGCUUAUCUCGGGCAUAUUUUGACAGAUUCAUUGUCGGAAACCUACAACACAACAAUUCCUACUUCUUAAUAUUAAUAGCUCAAGUAAACUACUAUUGCAGACUUCUUUCUUUGAAAAAAGAAGAAUUAAUCUAAAUAGUGGAAGUGUAUACUAAACCUAUCAAAUUUUGGGUAGUAUAUAUUUAAAAAAUAUAUUUUAGUUGUUAUAAUUUAACAUUAUAUGGUGCAGAUAAAUAAAUAUUGAUUGUCGGUAAUUCGCAAAGUUCUAUUUUAUUUACUAUUUAGUUUGUUUACUAUUAAUAUUGGCUAUGAGUACGUGCACUUGGUUGUAUAGUAAUUUCCAGCCACUUUUAGUCUGUCAAAAAGUAACUAACUUCGCAAAAAAAUAAUUACUAAAUUCAUUACAGUUUGGACUGGGAAUAGCGAACCGAAUAUACUCUGUUUUUUUCAUUUUAAGUCUAAAUUUUUCGUCAAUAGAGUGUCUCAUGUUCCAGGUUUUUACGAAAACAAUAUAUAAUGGAUAUGUUGUACUCAAUAAUAGAAUUCGGCUAUUGAGCGAAAUUUAUACCCACAACACAUUGUGAAUUUCGUUUAUCCACUUACCCACACAAACACAAAACGAAACUUUAAUUUUAUUUAAAAAAUGCAGACAAAAAUAAGUUUUAAACGCAAAAAUUUUUAGAAGCAAAUUUCUUCAUUAAUUUUUGCAUGUCAGCGAUCCAUGAUACUUUGAAUUAUAUUGUUUGUUCCUUUGUUUACAGGAACAUUUAUUGUCGCCACAAAACCUUUACCAGUUGCAUCUGAGAAAACCUUGACCACAACCUUUGGAAGACAUAUUUGCUGCAAUUCGCAAGGAUAUUUUUUUACUACUAAUAUCAUUUGAUUCAAACAUGAAUUGCGAAAUUGAAGAGGUUUAUUUCUUGAAAAUAAUCUGUUCAGUGGUCCAUUUUCAGUACUCAGUUUGUACAAGCCAUCACUAUUAAUUUUAGAAACAAGGGCUAAUACAUUUCUCGGAGUUAAUCGAUCUCUAUCAACAUCCGGCACUCGAAUCAAAACAUUAGUCCCUUAUUUUAAAGGAGCAAAUCUUUUAUUUGACUUACAUAUCAUCUUUGAUGCCUGAACUAUCAUCAUUUUAUGUGAUUCUUCUCUCUCUUCAAUAUUCUCUUACUUCUUUGGGUUAACUGAUCAUUGAAAUUGCCGUGAACUUUGUAUAUUCAUGUGCAUCUUCAUUAUUUUUAAUCUGGUUAUUAUUGUUUAGGUUUUCUAAAGAUUCAUUCAAAUACUUGUCUUGAUUAUCUAAAUUCUCUUGGCAUUGUUCUACACUGUUGUUUUUUCUCCAUUUUUUAAAUAAUCAUCGUCAUGUUCGUUUUCUAUGCUAUUUGUUAAUUCUUCCAAGUCGUUUUUAUUUUGCACUUUAUUAAGGACAUUUUCUGGCAGGUCUGCAUCUUCUAAACUAUUUGUUUGUCUGCUGCCAAACAUGGCCUCAUAAAGGUUCCUACUAAUGCCUCUAUGAAAAGAUCUGUUUUACUUGGACUGUAGAACUUUUUCUGCAGAGCCUUGACUUUGUGAGUAUCUUGGUGAACUAUUUUCAAACCAGGCCACAUAGUAGUUAGUUCUACAAUAACCGAGAGUUGCCAAACUCACGGCUUUAUCACUUUGCAAGAUAUAUGAAGCACCUACUAGACAAAAAAUAUCAGCCAAGUGGUCAGCCACUUCAAGUGGUGUUUUAGUUUUCAAUAGUCUCAAAAACAAAAAUUUAGUUAAAUGAUUCUGGUAGUUUAAAAUAAAUUUAUAUGGACCAUCGGGUUCUGUUUGUAUAUCUAUCAGGUCAACCUACAAUACGAAUAAUUAUUUUUUUAUAUCUAAAAAUUAUAAGCUCUUUAUAGUUACCUGACAUCUACAGUUCAUCUAUUUAGAAAUUGUAGGCUUGACAUGAGGAUGACAGACGACAUCUUGAAAUUAAUGGAACAACGUCGACUGAUAAAAUCUAAUGAAACAGAAUAUAGACACCUGCAGAGAAGAAUAAAAAAGGGGAUCCGAUUAGCCAAAGAAAAAUGGAUGAGAGAAAGGUGCGACGAAAUGGAGGAUGUAAUAUCUAAACACGACGUAUUUAAUUCGAAUUUAAUUUAAAAAACGAGUAACCUCUGUACUCGUUGACAAUAAUAACAAAAUUAUUGUAAAUGAGCAUGGAAUAAGACAAGAAUGGCAGCUGUAUAUAUCAGAGUUGUUUGAAGAUUACAGGAAUAAUAUUGCCGAAUUCUACCAAAACUAUACUGACGGCCCAGAAAUUAUGGAAUGCGAGCUAAACACGCUAUAAAUAAUGCUAAAAUUAGAUAAACUUGUGGUCCAGAUGAUACACCAACUGAGUUGCUGAAACUAAUAGAGAAUGAUAACAUAAAAGUAGUAGUAAGAUUUUUUAAUUCAAUAUAUAACACCGGAGUGAUUCCCACAGAUUGGCUCAAAUCCAUCUUUGUCGCAAUACCUAAAAAACACACACUCUUAAAAUUGUUCUCAGAAGACUUUACAACAGAAGAAGACGCAAAUGCGAAGAAGAUCAUGAAGAUUUGGUUUUAGAAAUGCUAUGGGAACCAGGGAGGCACUUUUUGCGCUUAACAUGCUAUUACAAAAAUGCCGUGACCAAAGAAAAGAUGUAUUUGCAUGUUUCGUGGACUUCGAAAAGGCAUUCGAUAAAGUACAACAUGUAAAAUUAAUGCAAAUACUGAAAAAUAUGGGAAUAGAUGACAAGGAUAUUCGUAUUAUUAAAAAUUUGUACUGGAAUCAAACUGCUACCGCAAAAAUUGGAGAUAACUACACCGAUGAUAUCUCUAUACAACUAUAUACAACAAUAUGACAAAGUUGCAUUUUUUCGCCAACAUUGUUCAAUGUUUACUCGGGCUAGUUAUUUAAAAAAUCACUUAUUUUAAGUGAGAGACAGCCAUAUGGAAUAAAAAUCAACGGGGAACUACUUAAUGUGAUUAGAGAUGCAGACGAUACAGUAAUUCUAUCAGAUAAUAUUGAAGGUUUUCAACUUCUGCUUGAUCAUAUUCACGAGGUAGGAGACGAAAUGGGCAUUAAAAUAAACUCAAAUACAACCAAAUUUUUAGUGUUUGGUCGUGACCCACAUCCCGAAGCAAAGCUUCAAUUAAACGGAGUCCAAGUUGAGAAAGUUCACAAAACGACAUAUUUGGGAACUGUAAUAACGGGCCAACUAAAUCCAGAUAUAGAAAUAAAACGUAGAACAGCAAUGACUAAAGCUACUUUUAUGAAAAUGAAGUCAUUUCUUUGCAAUAACCGUCUCAGUUUAGAACUAAGAUAAAGAAUGGUUAAGUGCUAUGUUUGGUCCGUAUUUUUGUAUAGUGCAGAAGUGUAGACCCUAAAAGUAUCGAUCAUGAACAAAAUUGAAGCAAUGGAAAUGUUGGUUUAUAUACGAAUGCUGAAGAUACCUUGGACAGCAAGGAAAACUAAUGAAGAAGUACUAAGGAGCAUCAACAAAGAUAGAGAACUGCUAAAGACUGUUAAACGUCGAAAAAUGUCUUAUCUGGGACAUACAGUAAGGGGAAGUCGAUAUAAAAUAUUACAACUGAUCCUGAAAGGCGAAAUAAAAGACCGUAGAGGUGUAGAAAAAAGUUAUAGUUUUUCGGUUCCUAUAAACAAUAAAAUAAUAUUUAAGAGAGAGAGAGAGAGAGAGAGAGAGAGAGAGAGAGAGAGAGAGCUAAAGGCUGUGCCUAACGCAUAGUUAAAAAAAAACCCUAAAACCUAAUUAGAAACUAACCUGUAUAAAAGACCAGUUACCGGUAAAGUUCGUUAUGCGUUUUCUGUAUUUCCCUUUGUGGGUAUUUAUAUUGGCCAUAAAACUAUAUUCGUCGUGUGUUUCCGACGACCUUCGUCAAAUGGGUCAUUGACAUUUAUCCACAAUGCGUUCUGUGCACGUGAAAAAUACUCGAAACGCGAUGUGGGAAAUAAACGAAAUGGACCGCAGGAGUGUGACGUCACAACUGUCACAUUUUCAUUACUUUCCAAACAAAAGUUUAAAUGUCCAAUCUCAAGACUUUUUAAUGUCUAUAAAGUUAACAUUUUGCUUCCUCUGCUGCUUUUUCUUGUAAGAAUAGUGGUUUUUACGAUAAUACCAUCAUAAUUCAGAGUUCUAUUUCUAUGAAAUAUAGUUUAAAAGUUUAAACUAAAGAAAUUCUAACCUUACUUUAUUGAUACAUGCAUUUUAUUACCAUUCGCAUAAAACAAUGUGCUUUAUUAUUUACACAACCUUGUAAAAUUGUUGUAGUAACUAUUAGAAUAUUUAAAUAUUGCAAAAAUCGGAAAGAUUCCGUAAAAUAAAUGAAAAAAUAACUAAAAAUACAAAUUAUCCACACUAAACAAGGUUUGUUUGGAAAGUGAAACUGACAGAUGUCAAUAAAAUCUACGUCAUUACUCCUGUGGUCCAUUCAAAACGCGCUGUGGCUAUAAAUUUCGGUCAAUGGCCAAAUUCGGAUAUUGAGUACAACAAAUACAAACUAUUAUAAAAACGAAUAUAUUAUAUUUCUAAGACUCUACCAAUUGAAUAAAACUCCCUUUGUUUAUUAGUUUUAACUUUCUUUAUUGUAUAUAUAGGCGAAAAAGUUCCAUCUUAGGUUGUAUAUAUUUUUGUACAGGAAUUAUUUUGUGAUCUAAGGUUUUAAUAAUACGAUGUAUUAUUUAUUUUUUCAAUUUAACACACAAAGUGAGAUCAAAAUUGAUACAUACCAAAGAUGCUAUGUCAGAUAAUAAGAAUAAAUACUGAAGAAUAAAAAGAGAAUGUGAAGUAAACUUAAUUAAAUAUAUUCUUUUGAGUUGUACGUAGUUUAGACAUUGCUAAAGUUUUAAGGAAGAACUAAACACUAUAAUUUCAGAUCUAGAAAAAUUCUGUUAAACGUUUUUUGUUCGUUUUUUAUUUCUAUAGUCUGAGACAAAUUUUUUAUCAUUUCAUAAUUUUAAAUGAUUGAAGCAAAAUUUUAUUUUCAAGUUGAUUCUAUUUGGCUUUACAACUCCACUUUUUGUAUAUAUAAAGGACUUCAUACAUUAACAAAUUGAAAUUGUUUUGUACAUCUUUCUUUUUCAACAUUAAAUUUUGUUUGUUUUGGACUAAAGUAAGCAAUAAAGAAAAGUAUUAAGUUAGCAGAUUAUUUACUAUCCAUUUUAUAAUCACUUACAUUGUAUUAGACCUUCGAGGAAUCAUUUAUAACUUCAAUUUGCUAGCAUUACAAACACCUUCGUCUUUUUGAAUUUUUUUUUUAACUUCAAAGCUCACAGCUCUUUUCUACUUCAAAACGUCAUAAAACCAGCUACACAUUACCAAUAAGUAUGUAGACAAACUUAAAAACAGCUUUUGAAGACAGUUAUUAAAUAAUAUUAAAAUUAAGUAAAUUUAUGAUGCAAGAAAUUACAGCAUUAACUAUGAAAUGUCCUAAAAACAAUCAUUUUCAUUUGAUAAAUAAAAUUAAAUAAAUAAACAAUACAAUAUGGAAUGCUUAGAAACGCACAUAAAUCCUAUGUUACACUACAAAUAAGUCAAAAGUAGCCUUCUUGUGUCAUAUUUUUACUACUAGUAUAUAAAAAAAGAAUUCUAACUUGUGUAUUUAAUAAACUUAAAUAGAAUGCUGUUUCCUUACUAUUGUUCCUCCUUCCAGUGUUCUAUACAACAAUAAAGAAGUUUCUGCUAAUUUUUGUAUCUGCUAUACAUAGUUCUAUUCUUGAUAAAAGAAACAUCAACAAUAAGGUUUAACGAUCUAGAUGAUAACUCACAAGCUCUAAAAACUUUUUUUUAUUCCUCUCGUAUUGAGAAUACUGGUUUGUUUUUAUUGAUGCAAACAUGGCAGUUAUAUUUAUUUUGUUAAUAAAUUGUUGUAAUAAAGAAUUUUAA